AUGGCUGAAAAGCUGUUUGUGAAGCACUUUCUUCUACCAGAUAGAAUAUUGCGUGCUGACUUUCUCACUGACAAAGGAAUUUUGAAUGUCAUUGUUGGUUACGCUCCAACAGAACAAUGCGAAGAGGUAGUUAAAGAUGAAUUUUAUCAACAACUUGAUGUUGCCAUGCAUAAGACAGGUUCGCUUGUUGUUGUGCUGGGUGACUUCAAUGCUAAACUGGGAAAGGCGGUUUCAAAAGUUGUUGGUCCGUUUGGUCUAUCAAAGUCAACCAGUGACAACGGUGUUAGACUGAUAGAAUUUUGUCAAGCACAUAACCUGGGAAUCACAAACACCUCUUUCCAGCAUAAGAAUAUACACACUGCCACUUGGUAUUCUCCUAAUCCCAAAUUACAACCAAGUCUAAAAGACUACGUUUUGGUAAAGCAGUCUAUGCAAAAAAUGGUACAUGAUACAAGAGUACGACGAGGACCAAAUUUUGACAGUGACCACAAACUUGUUUGUAGUAAGAUGGUACUGAAACUUCAGAAGCCACGUGGGAAAAGACGAGUGAAAACCUUUACACGAGACGUACUCAGUGACCCUAUUGCUCUAGGCAAAUAUCGAAAUAACGUCAUGACUAGAUUCACACAAAGAUUAUCUACUGAGACUGAAGCUAUGUGGUCUGAUUUUUGUAGUGCAAUUAUGGACUCUGCAAAUGAACACCUCAAUGCUGUUCAAACUAGGAAGAAUAGAUGGAUUUCUGAGUGUACAGUUCAGUUGAUAGCUAAGAAACGUGAGGCUCACAUCGCUUGGAUGAGAUGUCAGGAAAACGAGAUGACUAGGAAACAUUAUGUUAGUUUGUGCAAACAAGUGAAACAAGCAGUUCGACAAGACAAAGAAGAAUGGUUGCUUAAACAAGCAUCUGAUUUAGAAUCUGACCUGAAACACCACAAUCAUUACGAAUUUUUCAGGAAGCUCAAAAACUUUGAUCACGUACCCAUUCAACCUGCCUCAGUAAUUUUAGAUGAGCAUGGUCAGAAACUACUUUGUACUGAUGAUCAAUUAGAUCGUUGGAAGAGACACUUUGCCUCGGUAUUAAAUGUCAGACGUCCUAUUGCAAUAGACUCUGGAAUGGUUGUACGCUCUGUUGGGUCUGGUACUCCACUCAGUGAAGAAGAAAUCACCAAUGCUAUUAAAAAGUUAAAAAAUAAUAGAGCAUCUGGUAAUGAUGGAAUAACAGCUGAAUUACUGAAAGCUGGGCCUACGGAGCUUUUUGAUUGGCUACCUGAGCUUCUUCAACAAGUUUGGUCUUCAGGAAGAGUGCCACAGGAUUGGAAAGAUUCAGUCCUUGUCCCUGUCUUCAAGAAAAAUGACAGACUAAUAUGCGACAAUUAUCGUGGUAUUUCAUUACUCAGUGUACCCGGAAAGGUAUUAGCAAAUAUUCUUCUGAAACGACUUAAACAGUCAGUUGAACCUCUACUACUAGAAGCCCAAUGUGGUUUUCGUCCGGGUAGAGGAACGAUUGAUCAAAUAUGUGGCGAGAAGUCAUCAAAAUUUGAAGUUACAACUGGUGUACGUCAGGGUUGUACUAUGUCUCCUGUAUUAUUUAAUCUCGUCAUAGACAAGAUUGUAUAUGAAGCACUAAACAAAGCUAAAGUUGGCGGAGUAGAAAUUGAAUACAGGAAAGAGGGAAGUCUCUACAUGAACUACAGAGUCAAAGCUCAAGAAACUAGUGUCAUUAAAGCUGCUAUGUAUGCUGAUGAUUUAGCUUUAAUUGGGAAGACCUCCGGUGAACUACAAAAGUUAGUAGACAGUCUACAUGAGUCCUGCUGUAAAUGGGGAAUGAAAAUCAGCAUCAAGAAAACAAAAGUUUUGAGCAUUGGCUACGAACAGGCACAUAUUCUUCUUGACAGUUCUGUUCUUGAAAACGUUACAGAGUUUACUUACUUGGGGAGUAUCAUGAGCCAAGAUGGUGGAUGCAUUGCUGAAAUUGAUGCUCGUAUAAGCAAAGCAAGUAAAGUUUUCGGUUCCUGGAAGAAAAGGGUAUUUACCAACAGGCAGUUUUCAAUCUCCACAAAAAUGAAAAUUUUUCGUGCUUUGGUGAGACCUGUUUUGCUAUAUGGAUGUGAGACUUGGUCCGUUACACAACCAAACUUGCAACGUUUAAAUACAUUCCACAUGUGGUGCAUUCGAUCGAUUCUUGGUGUCUCAAGAUGGAAUAAAAUCAAGAAUUCAGACAAUUUAGAACGAGCUUGUGAAGACCCUAUUGAUAUGACAAUACAGAAACAACGUUUGCAAUGGCUGGGCCAUCUGCUACGCAUGAAUGACAAUCGUCCCCAAAAACAACUACUUCGCAGCAGACUUAGUAAUGCAACAAAACCAACACAUGGGCCUAAACAGAGAUGGAUAGAUGUUGUCACAAGAGACCUCAGAUCAUUACACAUCAGUCUUCGUGAUGCUGAUGAUCGUGCUGCUUGGAGAAGCGCUAUUACGCUGCGUUGCCAAAACCCAUAGUGGGUAUGGUGGAAUCAAGGUCAAGGUGUGUGUGU